AUGAAUAUUGUUUCCUGGUCAUCAUCAUCAAGCAAGAAGAAGAUGACAACAAAUGCUGAUCGAGAUUUAUUAGAUAUCAUGCUUUCUUGGUCUCUUGAGGACAUUUACAAUGAAGAUUUGUACAAGGAUCAGGUGAAAUUUAUUGAUCAAUCAUUCAGGUCUGUUGAUCAUUAUUUUGGCUCUUAUGUGUAUCCAUUGCUGGAAGAAACUCGAGCGCAAUUGUGCUCGAGUAUGGAAAUCUUACAAAGUUCCCCUUUUGCUGAAGUAAUUUCACUCAAGGAGGCACCUAGUAGGAAUGGGAUGCUCUACAAUGUUAGAACUGAUAGCUGGAGAAACAGGUCCUCCUCUGGUCAUGGAAGAGAGAUGUACAAAACAUUGAUUGGGGAUGUUUUUAUUUUAGCUGAUUUUAAGCCUGAAAUCGUCAACGAUUUACAAAGGUCGGGGAAGACGUGGACGUUUGUUGUGUCAGCUGGGGUGGUAGAUGAAGAGAUGAAGGACGAUGAUGUGGAACUGAUGUCUUCUUUCAAAAUUCUUCCGUCUAAAGAUAUUGAUCUUGAUGAAGUAGAGGAGAAGUCUAUGUUUAUGAUAUUUUUGACAAAUAUAACCCCCAAUAGAAGAAUAUGGAAAGCCCUUCACAUGCAGCGACAUUCAAAGUUAAUCAAGAAAAUUUUAUGUGCUGGUGAUGUGGUAAGAGAAAGCUGUGAUCACUGCCAUCUGCAGACUGAUACUCUAAGGGAUGACAGAGCAUAUCAAAGGUUAUCAUCUGAUUUGAAUGAGUCCCAGUACAUGGCAAUUUCUGCUUGCCUUUCUUCCUCUCAAUGCACUCAUAAGUCCACUGUGGAUCUUAUUUGGGGUCCCCCGGGAACCGGCAAAACCAAAACUCUGGGCACACUGCUUUUUGCCCUACUGAAGAUGAACUAUAGGACUCUUGUUUGUGCCCCAACUAAUGUUGCCAUUAAAGAAGUCGCAUCACGUGUCUUAAGCAUUGUGAGAUCAUCCGUUGAUGGAAAUUCUGAUGAUUUGUUCUUUCCAUUAGGAGACCUUCUUUUAUUUGGGAAUCAUGAGCGGCUCAAAGUUGGGGAGGAUAUUGAAGAAAUUUAUUUGGACUAUCGUGUCGAGCAGCUUUCAAUGUGCUUUAGACCUCCAACUGGCUGGAGAUAUUGUUUUGGUUCGAUGAUUGAUCUUCUUGAAAAUUGUGUUUCCCAUUAUCAUGUAUUCAUUGAGAAUGGGUUGGGAGAGAAACAAGAGCAAAUUGAUGAUAAUAAUACUGAUAGGACCAAAGAUGAUAAUAACCCUUCAGAUUGUAGUGAAAGCAUGUGCAAAUCUUUUCUUGAGUUUGUGAGAGAAAGAUUUCUUGAAUUAGCCUCGCCUCUUAGAAACUGUAUUUCUGUCUUAUGUACCCAUGUAGCCAGAAGUUAUAUUAGGGAGCAUAACUUUGAAGGUUUGGUCUGCCUCAUCUGCUCCCUUGAUUGCUUUCAAACUUUGUUGCUCCAAAAUAAUAUUGUUUCUGAAGUAUUGGAAGAACUAUUUUCUCCUCCCCAAAUGCAACACAAUUCUUUUGAGUCUUCUGAAGGUGCUGAAUACUUAUUAAACAAGAAGAGAACUGAAUGCCUAUCUUCUUUAACAAUUCUGAAAGGUUCAGUUGGUGAACUCAACUGGCCAGAGUUUAUGCCAUCAGAGUUGCACUUAUUUGAAGAAUCAAUCAGAGUGUUCUGUUUCCAAACAUCCUCUUUAAUAUUUUCCACUGCUUCUAGUUCCUUCAAGUUGCACUUUGUUUCCAUGGAACCACUGAAUGUUUUAGUGGUUGAUGAAGCUGCACAGUUGAAGGAAUGUGAAUCAGUCAUACCUUUACUUCUUGGUGACAUAGACCAUGCCAUUCUGGUUGGAGAUGAACGCCAGCUACCUGCUAUGGUGGAAAGUAAUGUUUCUUUUGAAGCUGGUUUUGGAAGAAGCCUAUUUGAAAGGCUAGACUCAUUGGGUUAUCCAAAUCACUUUCUUAAUAUACAAUACCGUAUGCAUCCGGCAAUAAGUUCCUUUCCAAAUUCAUACUUCUAUUUAAACCAAAUUCUUGAUGCUCCAAAUGUUAUGAGAAAGACCUAUAGAAAGAAAUAUCUCCCAGCACCAAUGUUUGGUCCAUAUUCCUUUAUUAAUAUAAUUGGUGGCAGAGAAGAGUUUGAUGAUGUAGGUCGAAGCCGGAAAAAUAUGGUUGAAGUGGCAGUUGCUAUGAAAAUAAUUAGGAAGUGUUUCAAAGUGUGGCUUGAAUCUAAAGAGAAGCUCAGUAUAGGCGUAGUUUCUCCAUAUGCUGCCCAGGUUGUUGCGAUUCAGGAUGUACUUGAACAGAAGAAGUAUGAUAGUUAUGAUGGAUUUGAUGUAAAGGUGAAAACGAUUGAUGGCUUCCAGGGCGGAGAACAGGACAUUAUUAUUUUAUCAACUGUGAGAACUAAGGGCAGUGCGUCACUUAAGUUCAUCUCCAGUCACCAGAGGACUAAUGUUGCUCUUACAAGGGCAAGGCACAGCUUGUGGAUUUUGGGAAAUGAAAAGACGCUAGUAAGUCAGGAAAAUGUCUGGAAAGAUUUGGUGCUGGAUGCAAAAACGCGUCAAUGUUUCUUUGAUGCUGAUGAAGACAAAGAUUUGGCAAAAGGCAUCUGGGAUGCCAAGAAAGAGCUGGAUCAGUUUGAUGAUUUGCUUAAUGCCGAUAGUGUCCUAUUCAGAAAUUCCAGGUGGAAGGUUCUUUUCAGUGACAACUUCUUGAAGUCAUUUAAAAAAUUGUGGUCAGAGCAGAAAAAGAAGUCUGUUAUUGGUCUCUUGCUUAAAAUUUCUAGUGGAUGGCGACCAAAAAGGUACACUCAAGUUUGUGGGACUUCAUCACAGAUGUUAAAACAAUUCAAAGUUCAAGAUCUCUUUAUUAUUUUCUCAAAGGACAUUGCAAAAGAAACUAGGUACACUCAAGUUUUGAGGAUAUGGGAUAUCCUGCCUCCAGAGGAUAUCCCUAACUUAGUGAAGCGUCUUGAUAAUAUAUUUGCAUGCUACACUGAUGAUUUUAUAAGACGCUGCAGUGAGCAAUUUUUUGACGGGAAAAUUGAGUCCCCCAUGAGUUGGGAAGGAUCAAUAGAUAUCCUCAAAUUUAAGAAUAUUAAUAAUCAUGGAGAUGAAGUUGAGACGAGUGGUUCUGAUGAAAGAAUUUAUGUUGAGAAUUCUAAGGUUGAGGAGAGUUUGUUAUUGAUGAAAUUCUACUCCUUAUCACCAGUUGUGGUUAGCCACUUGCUUUCUGAUCGUAACAUUAAUGAACUGGAUCUUCCAUUUGAAGUAUCAGAUGAAGAACGUGAGAUAAUUCUCUUUCCUAGAAGUACAUUUGUAUUGGGCCGCUCUGGUACUGGAAAAACAACUGUUUUGACCAUGAAGUUAUUUCAAAAGGAGAACUUGCACCAUAUGGCUCUUGAAGAAACAUAUGGAAUUAAGAGUGGUGCAUUUCCUUAUUUGAAUCGUGAUAACGAGCAUGAAGAAAACGCUGAUCUGAAUGACAAGCCUGUCUUACGCCAAUUGUUCGUAACUGUGAGUCCUAAACUAUGUCAAGCAGUAAAACACCAUGUUGUUCGACUGAAAAGAUCCAUAUGUGGUAGCAAUGUCACCGCUGAAAAUAGUCCUAAUGAGGAAGAUGUUAAUGUACCAGAUUCUUUUGUUAAUCUUCCAGAAAACUCGUACCCGCUUGUGAUAACAUUUCAGAAGUUUCUGAUGAUGCUUGAUGGGACUUUGGGAAAUUCAUAUUUUGAAAGGUUUAGUGACCUUGGUGUAAAUUCUGUAUCUUUAGAGACUUUCUUAAGGAAGAAGGAGGUGACUUAUGACAGGUUUGAUUCAUUAUAUUGGCCACAUUUCAAUUCUCAGUAUACUAAGACUCUAAAUCCAUCUAGAGUGUUCACAGAAAUCAUAUCUCAUAUAAAAGGGGGUAUGCAAGCAGUGGAGCAUGGUGAUGGUAAGGUAACUCGUGAGAAUUAUCUUUCCUUAUCCGAAAACCGAGCAUCAAGUUUGAGCAAACAGAAACGAGAGAUGAUAUAUGAUAUUUAUCAAAGUUAUGAAAAAAUGAAGAUGGACAGAGGGGAUUUUGAUUUGGCUGAUAUUGUAGCUGAUCUUCAUCUUAGACUUAGAACUAAAGGAUAUGAUGGCGAUGAGAUGCACUUUGUGUAUAUUGAUGAGGUCCAAGAUCUAACCAUGGGACAGAUUGCUUUAUUUAAAUAUGUAUGCUCAAAUAUAGAAGAGGGUUUUGUUUUUUGUGGGGAUACUGCACAAACAAUAGCAAGGGGAAUUGAUUUUAGGUUCCAGGAUAUAAAAUCUCUCUUUUACAAGAAGUUUGUUCUGGAAUCGAGGAGAAGUUCACACUAUCAGGGAAAGGAUAAAGGGUUAGUUUCAGAUAUUUUUUUAUUGAAUCAGAACUUUCGGACUCAUGCUGGAGUGCUGAAAUUAUCCCAAAGCAUCAUUGAACUUCUUUUUCGGUUUUUUCCUCAUUCUAUUGAUCCUCUAAAACCUGAGACCAGCUUGAUUUAUGGGGAAGCUCCAGUUGUUCUUGAAUGUAGAAAUAGGAAAAACGCAAUUGUAACUAUUUUUGGCAAUAGCGGACAUGUCGGUGGGAAUAUUGUGGGCUUUGGAGCAGAGCAAGUAAUUUUGGUACGAGAUGAUUCAGCUCGAAAGGAAAUUUUAGACUAUGUUGGGAAACAGGCUCUUGUUCUAACCAUUUUAGAGUGCAAAGGCCUUGAGUUUCAGGAUGUUUUGCUGUACAACUUUUUUGGCGCUUCACCUUUGAAAAACCGGUGGAGGGUGAUUUAUGAGUAUAUGAAUGAACAAGAUUUGUUGGAACCUACAGAAUCAAAGUCUUAUCCAAGUUUCAUUGAUUCCAAACACAAUAGUUUGUGCUCUGAACUGAAACAGCUAUAUGUGGCUAUAACCCGGACAAGACAGAGAUUGUGGAUAUGUGAGAGUACAGAAGAGUUCUCUAUACCUAUGUUUUACUAUUGGAAAAAGAUGGGCCUUGUACAAUUCAAAGAACUGGAUGAUUCUCUUGCACAGGCAAUGAAAGUUGCAAGUAGUCCCGAAGAAUGGAAGUCACGCGGCAUAGAGCUAUAUUAUCAAAACAACUUCGAGAUGGCGACAAUGUGUUUUGAAAGAGCAGGAGACUCUUAUUGGGAGAAAAAGUCUAAAGCAGCUGGUCUUAGGGCAACUGCAAACCGUGUACAUGAUAUUAAUCCUGAGGAUUCAAAUGCAAUACUUAGAGAAGCCGCUGAAAUUUUUGAAGGCAUAGGAAUGGUGGAUUCUGCUGCCCAAUGUUUUUCUGAUUUGGGGGAUUAUGAAAGAGCUGGGACGCUUUAUUUGCAAAAAUUUCAAGAGCCUGAUUUGAAAAGAGCAGGUGAUUGCUUCUAUUUAGCUGGAUGUUAUGAAAUCGCAGCUCAAGUGUAUGCUAGGGGCAGUUUCUUCUCAGAUUGUUUGACUGUUUGUGCAAAAGGAAGAUUGUUUGACACUGGCUUCUCUUACAUUCAACACUGGAAACAGAAUGAUAAUGCUGACCAUAGUUUGGUUAAAACUCAUGAUCUGUAUAUAAUAGAACAAAAUUUCCUGGAAAGUUGUGCUCGUAAUUAUUUUGAUCAUAAAGAUGUCAGAUCCAUGAUGAAAUUUGUUAGAGCUUUUCAUUCGAUGGAUUUGAAGCGUGACUUCUUACGAUCAUUGAAUUUACUGGAUCAUCUUCUUGUGUUAGAAGAGGAAUCAGGAAACUUUCCGGAGGCAGUAAACAUUGCUAUGAUGAUGGGUGAUAUUCUAUGUGAGGCUGAUCUUCUUGGAAAAGCUGGUAGAUUCAAAGAAGCAUUUGAUCUUCUGUUUUAUUACGUACUUGUGAAGUCUCUUUGGUCUUCAGGAAGCCAAGGGUGGCCCUUAAAGCCAUUUGCACAGAAGGUUGAGCUUUUGAGAAGAGCAUUGUCAUUUGCAAAGGAAGAGUCAUGCAGCUUUUAUGAGCAUGCAUCUGAGGAAGCAGAAAUAUUAUUAAAUGAGCAUGGUAACAUUUUUGAAAUAGCCAUUCAUUUGAAAUCAUCUCGCAGACAUAAGUGUGUCAGAGGUGAAAUAUUAUGUUUGUGGCAACUUUUGGAUGCUCAUUUUCAUUUGAACUCCUCUAAAUAUAUCUGGAAAGACAGAGUGACUAAGGAUGUUGUUAAAGGAAUGGUUUUAAAGAAUCAACUUUCUGUGGAGACAUUGUUUUAUUGUUGGACAUGUUGGAAGGAUAACAUUGUUCAUAUAUUGGAAUGUCUUCCAAGUUUCAAAUCCCAGGACAUUCAUCAGCUUAGCAGUUAUGGAAAAUUUGCAUUGAAUUACAUGGGUGUUCGAAAGAUAACAUGUAAUCGAAAUCAGAUUUAUUCUUUGCUCGUUCCUGAUGCUAACUGGGUGAUAAAAUUGGGUGAAAGGUUUCUGAAGAAGAAUGGAAGGUUGGUUUCUGUUGAUAUACAUUCUUUAGUUUCUUUUCUUCAGAGCUAUUGGAGUUCACAGCUGCUUUCUGUUGGCAUCGCAGUUUUGCGCAACCUUGAUGCACUAUACAAGUAUUCAGUUAAUAAAGGCCUUUCUGAUUUUUGUCAGUUUCAGUCUUUAUUGCAUAUCUAUGAAGUCUCGAAAUUUCUUCUUGGAUCCAAAUGUUUUAGCCAUACCCAUGGUAACUUGAAGACAUUAGAGAAAUUUCGCAGGCUUCCAAUUGACUGUUUACUUCUCUACAUUGUUCCCUUAGACUGGAAGAAAUCACUGACAAGAGACAUGGCCUUUCUAAGGACAACUGAGGCUUGUAAGGAUUUGGUGAAAGAGACCAUCUAUGAGAACAUUAGGGUGAAAGAUAGGCUAACGUAUGGUCUAAUUGGAAGGGUGGUGGUUAUGAUUCUUGGUACAUCUAAUCUGAAAAAUGAAUUGUAUGUGGAAGUUAUGACCAGAUUUGAAGAUAACAUACCCUGGAAGAAAUUCAUUCAGUGUUUGCAGUGGAGUUCAACUACAGAAGUUUCACAAGGUAAUGAUUCAUUUGAGGAUAUGGAUUGCGCAUUUAGUUUGUAUGAAGCCUUGAAGUGUACUUACAAUGUGAACUGGAUAAAGGCAAUUGAUUAUAUAUCUCCAAGUUGUUUCAUGUAUCUGGUCGAACGGCUUCUGCUCUUGGCAUCAUGCCAGAAGGGGUUCAUGUUUGCUACAAGGUCAUCUUUCAUUGAAUGGCUUAUUUACCAGGAUGAAAAUUCUCUUGACAAUUUGAGUUCAUCUCCGGGUAUGAUUGAUAUCCAUGAGUCCAUUGCGGGCCUCCUUUCAUGGUUAACUUCUAAUAUAAAUAGUACCAUAAAUUGGAUCAGGAAGUCAAACUUAGAUGUGAAGAAUUACUUACCAGUUUUUGUCCUUAGAUUGGUUGUCUCGAUGUGUUUGCUUCACAUCAGCUCUGGGAAUUAUCUAGAGCCACUUCGCAAUAUAUUCGGAAUGAGCUCUAUAACCUCUCAUUUGCCAUUGGAAUUUUGUGAUGUUCUUAAGAACGGAAAGAAACACCUGGGUUUGAAAGUCAUUGCUGAAGCAUUUAAAGUGAUUGACAAUCCCUUGGUUAUUGUCAAGUCAUGCAACAAUUCUUCAAGAAUCCUUUGUCCAAAUGCUGUGUUUGUAGAUUUCGCGGUAUGCCGGCAAAAAGAGCUCAUAUUGCAGAUGUUGUUUCCGAAUAGAGUCGACAGUGUUGGUGGGGAAAGUGCAGCAACUAUUGUUGAAUCUUCUAGCUCAACGUCUAAGGAGCUUCCUUCAACCAUCUGUCCCAGUCUUCCAAAUAAAAGUUGUGCUUCUGUUUCAAAUCAGACAUCAGAUGGUGGGAUUAAAAAUAUUAACAUGUAUAGGACUUUUGAAUUCUUCUGGGAUAGCUUGGAAGACUUACUUUUAUCAAUUGAUAAAACCUUUUUUUAUAGCAAGUCUCCUGAUUCCAUAAAGAUACAGGCCCUAUUGAUAAAGAAAUGGUUGGAUUCAUUCCCUCUUCAGGAUUUGUUGGAUACAUGUAUUCAAAUUUUGAGUUCAAUAUGUGGAGUAGCAGAGGAGGUGCCCUUGCUUGAAGGUAUCCUUGUUACCCUUGAAGACAAAAAAGAAAUGCCGGAGGUGAUGAACUUACUUGAAGCAAUGAAACUACUUUCUACUGCAUUGGAUGCGAGAAAUAUCAGUGUUGAGAACCAGAUCUUAGUUGCAGUAGUCUCUCGGACUAUUGUUAUUAAACGACAAAAUGUCGGGCACAUUUUGAAGAAGUUGUUGUGGAAGAAUGCCAAUGUUGAGGAUGAGCCAUCACAAGCCAACACUGCAGCAGGGAAUGAUAACCAAGGCGCUACCAGCUCAGGACAUGGAAACAACAGGGAAAACACCAAAGUGAACAAAAACAAAUCCAAGAAAAACAAGGGAAGGAAAAAGGGAAAGAAGUGA